GUUCAAAACUUUACAGUUUUUCUCAAAUGCUAAAACACAAAAGCCAAUCUUCUAAACCAAAUGACCAGUUGUCUAAACACAUUUACUAAAUCUAGCCAUCAUUUGCCAAUAUCAUAAACACAUUUCACAUGAAGACACAAUUCACAAAACACAAUCCUCCGUUCUCAUAAAUCUAAACACAUUUUUCCUUGCUAAAACACAAGUUGCAAAAGAACUCUGCUCAUAUUCUCAAAUGAAAGCUCAUGUGAUGCAAAAUGCUUGCCACAGUCAGCAAUAUCUGAACACAAUGAACACACCUGGCGUCAUUAAUUACACACAACGACUCAAAAUUGAAGACACUUGUUGCUAAUGCUGUGACCACAUGUAUAAAAGCAAGUUCAGAGUGCACAGUUUGCUGAAGAUUCCAAACAAACACAAUGGAUGAAGGCAGAGUCAGGGGAAGAGGAAUUCGAGUCAGAGGAGGGAGAGGAGCUGACCAUGGAGGGAGAAGAGCUGGCCAUGGAAGAAGAGGAGCAGGCCAACGAGGAAGUGGAGUUCAAAUCAGAGGAGGAAGAGGUGCAGGCCAACGAGGAAGAGGAGGACAAGGUCCAGGAGGGAGAGGACAAGGUCCAGGAGGGAGAGGACAAGGUCCAGGAGGAAGAGCAAGACAACCUCACACCAUCAUUACGGACGAGAUGCGAGCAACAGUCAUUGACCAUGUCAUUGUCCAUGGCAUGACAAUGGCUGAAGCAGGACUAAGAGUCCGUCCAAACCUGGGUAGGUUCACCGUGGCCACCAUUAUCAGGGCAUUCAGACAACACAACAGAGUUGAAAGAAUGCCACAUAGAGGUGGGAGGGUUGCCAUAUUUACAGCGGCACAAGAAACCCUCAUUGUGGAUAUGGUUCGUGAGAACAACCUCAUCAGACUCCGGGAGAUCAGAGACAAAGUCAUUGCCGAUAAUGUCAACUUUGAGAGCAUUGAUGAUGUCAGCUUGGCCACAAUAGACCGAGUUCUCCGGCGCCAAAAGAUCCGGAUGAAACAGGUCUGUAGGGUUCCCUUUGAGCGCAACUCUGCGCGACACAAAGACCUACGUUACGAGUAUGUGCAAAGGAUAUUACAGUUGGACGCAAUGGCCAGACCUCAUGAGUACCUCUUCCUGGAUGAGGCUGGCUUCAACCUGCAGAAACGAAGCCAAAGAGGCCGUAACAUCAUUGGCCAAAGAGCAAUCACUGAGGUUCCUGGCCAACGGGGGGGUAAUACUACUCUUUGUGCGGCCAUGGGUUCGGAGGGGCUUGUCCACCGGCAUGCUGUCCUUGGGUCUUACAACACCCCACGUCUCCUCACCUUCCUAGAGGAGCUAAGAGACAUCCUCCUGGACCGCCAACACCACCAUCCUGGGCCCGCACAUCCCAUUUAUGUAAUCAUUUGGGACAAUGUCCGCUUCCACAGAACAAACCAAAUCAGAGAGUGGUUCACCACCAACAGUAACCAGUUUUUAAAUGUCUGUCUGCCACCCUACUCCCCUUUCCUGAACCCUAUAGAGGAGUUCUUCUCAUCGUGGAGAUGGAAGGUUUAUGACAGACAACCAUACACUAGAGAGAACCUCCUAAGGGCAAUGGAGCUGGCCUGUGGUGACAUCCCAGUGGAGGCCUUCCAAGGAUGGAUGCGCCAUUCCAGGGCGUUUUUCCUGCGGUACCUGGCAAGAGAGAAUAUAGCCUGCGAUGUGGAUGAGGUGAUGUGGCCCGAUGCAGCUCAGCGACAUGAUGCCGCACAGUGAUUGUGGUGUGUGUGUGGUGUGAAUAAAGUAAAUGAAAAAACUUCA